UGAAAUUUGGCAUAAUUGAUGGGUAAAACUACUGCAAUGUCUAUUAUUAUACAUAUACUUAGCAUAGCCAUCGUUUAAAAGCGUGCAUAAAAUUUGAUAUAAAAUCGGACCAAGCAGCUCUAAUAUAUAUAAAUUUCCAAUCAUAACGGUUCUAUUAUUAUCUUAUCACUUCCGGAACUUUAGACCGAAAAAAAAAACAACCAUGGGAAAGCGGAAAGAAUCAGGAACAGAGGAAGAUAUUUUUUCAGACUCCUCCGCAAUCAGCCACAAGAAACACAAAAAGCACAAGAAGAAACACAAGAAGAAGAAGGACCAGGGGGAGGACUAUGCUGUAGUUCCAGAGGGAGGGGGCGUGUCAGGGGGCGUGUCAGGCGUGGGGGGCCCAAAGAUCAAGCUGAAGCUGAAGAUUGGUGGACAGACGAUGGGGACAAAAAAUUUGCCGUCGGUGGAGAAGACAGAGAACAGUGGAGAUGAUUCACCUGUGAUUGACGUAACAGAUGAGACUUGGGAGGGUGAAGAACCGUCAUUUCCCACAAAGAAGAAGGGCGAUGAUACUUCAGACGAGGAGAAGGAGUGGCUAGAUGCGCUGGAGAAGGGGACACUGGACGACUCGGGGAUGCUGAAGAGGAGCAAGGACCCCAAACUGAUGACGGCCAGACAGCGAGCUUUAAUUCAUGGACAACAAGCAGAACUUCUUCAGUUGCCAUCAGGAUAUAAGACUGUUGAACUUACUGAAGAACAGGUGGAAAAAAGGCAACAGAGGGCCAAAAAACGGAGACAACAGGCUCAGGAGAAGCGGGAAAAAGACAAAAAACAAACAUUAGAUAGACUUCUUAAGAAGCAAGAGGCAAAGUCCAAAGGCCCAAAGAUGAAAGGCUCCAGAAGGAGCAAUGUUCCUCGAGUGCGCUACAUUAACAACAAAUCAGAGAUCUCCAUCAGUGUUCCUACUGGGAUUCAGUUUCCCUUCCCUCCACAGAGAGCAACGCCGCCCAAGCAGGCAAUCAGCUGUGGGAUGGGUGGGUGUACCAACCAGAAGAAGUACUCCUGCUCCAAGACGGGAACUCCUCUGUGUAGUUUGGACUGUUACAAAAAGAACCUGCUGCAGAAUGCUGCCCAGAUCCCAAUCCCUGCCACUUGAUGGCUUAUCCUCUGACCUUGACCCAGUUAUGAGGGUACUGUGCUGUUAUGCUGAAGAUGGCAUUCACACUGAACAGCCACUGAUAGAAAUUUGACCAUUGUGAGGGUAAUGGAGGCUGGAGACAGUCGUCAGUCUUUAACGUACAGUCGGUGUCAUACUGAAGGCAGAGAAUGAGUUGUACUCGUCUGAGUUAUAACACUGUACUGUGUGUUGUUCAUGGUUUAUAUCUUGAAGAUUAAACUUUUAUUUUACAGAAGCAAAAUAUCUAUUGUCUCACCGUACUUUGUCUUUACAGCUCUUUAUUCUAAUCCUAUGAUGUAGUCUUAUAUUAGAUCUUUGAAAGAAGAGGAAAUAAAGUACUGACAAAACUAUGUAUAUCAAAUUGAUAAACUGUUGCCUUUUGAUUUUAUUCAUUAAUAAAUGUAAACAACUGGACAGUGA